CGAGACGUUAGCGUUGUAAUUUCAAACGGGUGUGAGGAUUGAAACGUCCCUGGAUUAUGUUUACACAGCCAGCGACAUAUCUAUUAGCGGGUUUAGCUAUCAAUAUAUUCAUUAAUACUAUUAAAUAUAGCCUAAUGUGUUCAGUAGAUCAAAAAUAAACUCUCCCGUAUAUGUAGGAAUAAUGAAAACGGCUGCAUAGGUGUUUAAUACAUCGCGAUCUUUUCAAUGAGUUCACACAUCGUCACUCCAGGUCCAUACAGGGCCACUAAACUGUGGAAUGAAGUGACCAAGCUUUUCCGGGCAGGGAUGCCUUCAAAGAAGCACCGACAGCACUUCAGAGUUUACAUGAACUGCUUCACCGCAUCAGCAGCUGUGGACUGGUUACAUGAACUCUUGAAGAACAACAGCAAUUUUGGACCCGACGUCACCAGACAGCAGACAGUCCAGCUGCUAAAAAAGUUCUUGAAGAACCAUGUUAUUGAAGAUGUGAAGGGUAGAUGGGGCAUGGAAGACCUGGAGGACAACAGCCAGCUGUACAGGUUUCCAUCAACUUCUCCACUGAAGACCAUUCCUAACCGUGCCCCUGUUUUGAGGAAAAAGAGCAUAUCUAUGAUGGACAGGGAGACUUUCUUCAAAUUCAGGGGCUCUAAGAAAUUUGACAAAGAAAUAUUGGAAAAUGUGGAUCCAGAAGCACAAGAAUCUCCUGUGGGAUCUUCCUCAAGUGAGACAGAGCACUGCAGGGAGCUCACAGAAGACGACAUUCAAGUCAUCUGGAAGAAUGUCACACUUACACAUUUGCAGAAGGUGGUGGGAUCAGGGUCUCUUGAAGAUGUUUUGGAUAUAGCCCAAGUCAAUCCCCAGUUCAUUGUUUAUAAUAUGACCAAAGUCAAUAAACAUGGAGUCGUUUCUUUGGAAGAUAAGACAGAUGAUUUGCCACACUGGGUUUUGUCUGCCAUGAAAUGUCUUGCAAACUGGCCAAAGUAUGACUCAAACCAGCCGUCUUACCCAGGCUUUGAGAGGGAUGUGUUUAAAACUGUUUCAGACUAUUUCUACAGCCUUUCUCAGCCACUGCUUACUUACCAGUACUAUGAACUCUUUGUCAACAUCUUGGUUAUGUGUGGCUACAUCAUGGCUCCUAAAACUCAACGUGGAAAGCGUAAAAACCAGGAGGAACCCAACUGCCCACAGCCAGCGAAAACCCCAUAUGUGAAUGCUGCCAACCUGUUCAAAUCUACCGAAUGCCUCCUACUAAGCUUAAUAAGGAAGGAGGCCUUCGAUGAAGCGGAUUCACCCAUGAGGGAAGUUUUCAGUUCAAAAGCAGAGACUAAGUUAGAAACCCAUAGAGCACAGCAGCCCGUUUUUAGAGGUAGAAGGGCCAGCGAUGGAGACCGGCUGGACGGUAGCUAUCUAGAAAUUCCUCAGGCUCACAAAACAGAAGUCCCAUUUGGCAGGCUUCGGUCAAGAAGUUGCUCUUUGGAGGGCAUUGUUGAUAACCAUUCAAAGAACACACUUCUCAGAUCAUCUGAAAGCCUACAGUCCUGCAGCACUGAUAAAUCAUCCUCUCAAACAGAUUCUCCAGUAGACCCAAACUUCAAAUUUGAGCUUCAAGGUUCCUCAAUGUCCAUAAACUCUUCCGUUCAAACUUCCAGCAACAACACAAGCUCACAACUCCCUUCAGAUCUUCCCCGAACCAACCAGAGACCCUCCAGGGCCCGGCCCAGAAGCAUCGGUAACUUGUUUGACAUAGAGGAGAAUAGAGAAAUGUCUGCUAGCAGCUUUAGCAUCCACGCUCCUGUGGCUGAAAUUACCAUGAGGCCAGAUUCCACAUCCAGCAUUGGCCUUAGAGGUCAUGGUUUGAUCAGUUUGCAUGGAAGUUGCAUGGACAUUAGGGCAGGUCCGAGCUUUAGCAGACGCUGUCAGAGCUCUCUGGACCUGAGCAAACCUGCACCCACAUGGCCCCCGUUAGCACGCCACCCCGAGCAAAGUUUAUUGCAGCCAUCACUGGAGCGGGUGGCCAUCGAGGCCCUGCAGCUCUGCACCUUACUCCUGCCACCCGCCAGUCGCCGCAAACUACAGCUGCUUCUGCGAAUGAUCUCCCGUAUGAGCCAGAACGUCGACAUGCCGCGGCUGCAUGACAUCAUUGGAACACGGACUCUGUUGGUGCAGACUUUCUCUAGAUGUGUCUUGAGUUGUGAGGAGGUGGAUGAUCUGGACGAGCUCUUGGCUACAAGGCUGUUAUCGUUUCUCAUGGAUCACCAUCAGGAGGUCCUGCAGGUGCCUGUGUACCUGCGCAAUGCUGUGGAAGAUCACAUUAAUUACCUCAAAUCACUGACCGCAUACCCAGGCUCUGGUGUUGCCAUGCCGACCUACUCAUUCUGCAGGCAGAUCAGCACUCAGGAGUUUGAAGAGCAGAAACUGUCUGUGUCCCAGACUGCUCUUGCUGACCUACUGGAGAGUCUCAUAAAGGACAAGACCAUGUCUGUGAAAGAGAAGAAAAAGAAGCUAAAACUGUUUCAGAAGGAAUAUCCUGACAUCUACUCGAGACGUUUUCCCACAACAGAGAGUGAAGCUCAGCUUUUUGCAGAUAAGCCAAAGAUAAAACCGCCAAUGCUGUUAAGCAUCAAGAAAGCCAAAACCUUCAGUAUUCGAAACUGAAUACCUCUUAAAUUAAGUAUGAAUGAUAUUUUGGGAGACUGUUUGAGUUUAAAGACCUCUAGUUGAUCUGAUGCAUUUUGGAUCGCAUGGUAGAAUCUGAACUGUAACUUUGGUUGAAGUGUUUUUUUUUUUUUUUUUUUAGGUUUCUUAUGGUAUUGCUCUCUAGUGAAGUGACUUUUCUUUUUUAUGAAUUUCAGUACAGAUGUCUGUUAGUUUUAAUGUUAUUUAUUUAAGUGUGUGAUUUAUUGUAAGUUAUUGGGAGCUUUCAGACAUUCAUAGUGUCAUAUCUACAAAAGCUCAGAGAACCCACAGCAAAUAUGCAGAUAGGUUUGACAUACAGUUUACAUGGAGACUUCUUGAAACGAAAUGAAGAUUUUAUUUUUAGUCUUAUAACAUUGUUUGUGUGUCACUUUUAGUCCCUUGUUUUUCUAUUAUCUCUUUUUUUGUGUGUGUCUUCAGGUGUCUUUACCAUUCAGGUGCAUAGAAAAUGCUCACUCAGACUUCUAAAGACAAAUAUAUUGAUUUUCCAAGCGAUGUGGGAGUUUCCUGGCUACUAAGCUAGUAUGGGCUAAUUUGCACUGUUUUUUGCCGUCUCAAAUGCGCUAACGUGUAGUCAUUUCUUAUGUACAUAUUUUCUUUCUAGUCAGUACUAACUACUGAUUGCUUAUGUUCCUCUCUUGUCAGUGUUUUAUCAUCUUGCACUUGCAUCAGUCAUUGUACUGAUUCAGUGGCUUGCGUAUUAAGAAUGAAAGACUAAACUUGGUUUGACUGUAUCGAGUUAAUGAGCAUAAGUGAGCCAAAUCCAUUGUUUUAUGUUGUUUAUUACUUUAUUGUAUCACCCUGAAUACUUAUACUGUUCCUGAUCUAUGCAAUAAACAUUUUAAAUAUGCAAUUUUU